UCUGUGAAGUUCUUCCGGUGGACAGCAACGUUAUUGUAUUUUCCACAGAUUUUGGGGGGGGGAUCGUGUGAUAAAAGAUAGACUAUUUCAGCCAGAUCGGACACUACACCUUGAGCUGUGGCGGUUCGCUCUGACAUAAAACCACUAUGGACGUCCCGAAUCCUCCUGAAGAUCAAGAGCUGAGGAAUGUCAUUGAUAAGCUGGCCCAAUUUGUGGCUCGAAAUGGACCAGAGUUUGAAAAAAUGACAAUGGAGAAGCAAAAGGACAACCCGAAAUUCUCCUUCCUGUUUGGGGGAGAAUAUUUCAGCUACUAUAAGUGCAAGCUUGCUAUGGAGCAACAGCAGCAUAUUUACAACCCUGGAAACAAAGAUGUGGUUGACAUCCCCCCUCCAUCAAUGCAGCUGGUUCCUCCACCUCCAAUUCCUCUGUCAGCUGCACCCUCCAUAGAUGAGCUUAUCCAACAGAGCCAGUGGAAUCUACAGCAACAGGAGCAGCACCUGCACACACUCAGACAGGAGCAAGUUACGGCUGCCAUCGCCCUGGCAAUGGAGCAACAGAUCCAGAAGCUUUUGUUAGAAACUCAGUUGGACAUCACAGAGCUUGACAACCUGCUGCAGCCCAUCAUUGAUACCUGCACUAAAGAUGCCAUCUCUGCUGGUAAAAACUGGAUGUUCAACAAUGCUAAGAGUCCACAGCAUUGUGAAUUAAUGGCAUCACAUCUUUGUAAUCGCAUCACUGUUGACAGUGCACAUUUUGAGCUCCGCCUGCAUCUCAUCUAUUUAACCAAUGACGUUCUCCAUCACUGCCAGCGGAAACAGCAGAAGGAUCUGUUGGCGGCAUUGCAGAAAGUUGUGGUCCCCAUCUACUGCACUAGUUUUCUUGCAGUAGAGGAAGAGAAGCAGCAGAAGAUUACCCGGCUGUUGCAGCUUUGGGAGAAGAAUGGUUAUUUUGACGAGGACACCAUCCAGCAGCUACAGAACCCAGCACUGGGCCUUGGACAGUAUCAGGCUUCCCUCAUAACAGAGUAUGCUGCUGUGGUGCAGCCAAUGCAGCUGGCCUUCCAGCAGCAGAUCCAGGCCUUAAAGACUCAACAUGAAAAGUUUGUUGCUAGUCUGAAGCAGCAGCAGCAGGCUGGUCCUGUAAGACCGGCAGCUGCCCCUGCUGAAGCUGAAAAAACCCCAUCCAUGACAACACAAGCUGGAGAUGUAAAGCCUCCUGUAAUUGGUCCUCCCUCAGUGGACUUUGAUGGAGCUGCACCCAGGUCACAGGACCCAAAAAACUCCAGUGGACCAUCUGAUAUUCCAACCAACAAGCCUGCAUGGUUUGAGCCCCAGCAUGUCGGACCCUGGAACCCCAACCAGCCGCCUCCCUUUGACCUCAACCAGCCUCCCCCUCCCUGUCCUCCGUGGAACAGUCACGAAGGAAUGUGGAAUGAACAGAGGGACCCAGGAAAUUGGAGUGGAGGUCCUCCAAGAGAUGGAGGCCCCUGGAGUGGGCCAGGAGGAUCUGAGCCUGGUCCCCCGUCUUGGAACUCAUUUGACCAACAGCCACCCUGGGGGAGUCAGACUGAACAGCCUCCAUGGGGUCAAAGAGAGCCCCCAUUUCCACCACGAAUGCAGAGACCUCCCCAUUUUAGAGGACCUUUCACACCACAUCAACAGCCCCCCCCAUUUAACCAGCCCCCCCCACCCCCUCACAAUUUUGGACGAUUCCCACCACGCUUUGUGCAGGAAGAAUUUACUCCCAGACAUCACUAUGACAGACCACCUUACACCUCACAUAGCUUUGACUAUCCUCAGGGAGAAUAUCCUGGAGACAUAUCAGGUCCUCCACUUCACCACCACCCCAAUCAACGAAUUCCUCCACCAGCUAUACAAGCUGAUCAUCCUCCCUGGGGUACAGGCCAACACCCAGACUUUGGCCCACCUCAACAUGGCUUCAAUGGGCAUUCACCUCACAUGCGCCAUCGACAGCAUCCUGUUCAAGAUGACCCAAGUCUGGUUCCCAACGUUCCCUACUUUGACCUGCCAGCAGGUCUUAUGGCUCCAUUGGUUAAACUUGAGGACUAUGAUUAUAAACCUUUGGACCCCAAGGAUAUCAGGCUACCCCCUCCUAUGCCACCCAGUGAUCGGCUACUAGCUGCUGUGGAGGCUUUCUACAGCCCUCCUUCACAUGAUCGACCCAGGAACAGUGAAGGUUGGGAGCAAAAUGGCCUGUACGAGUUCUUCAGGGCCAAGAUGAGAGCUAGAAGAAAAAAGGAACAGGAGAAAAGGAAUAGCAGUCAUGGAGGUAGUCGCUCUAGGAGUCGCUCUCGCAGCAGAAGGAGAUCAUCUUCUCGCUCAAGCUCACACUCCUCAAAGUCGUCCAGGUCACAAUCCAAUUCAUCUCACUCCCGCAGCCGCUCCCGCUCCUACUCACGAUCCAGGUCCAGGAGUAGGUCCAGGUCUUCUCGAAGUCGUUCUGGCUCCAGAUCCAGAUCCCACUCGAAUUCUCCAACUAAGCCCCGUCGUGGUCCCAAAUCCCGGAGUUCUUCACCUUCCUCGACUGCAGUGUUGGGCAGUUCCUCGUCUAAACUGUCUGCAGAUACCAGAUUAGGAGAGGAGAACAAGGGGCACCAACUAUUAUUAAAGAUGGGCUGGAGUGGUUCUGGUGGCUUGGGGGCCAAAGAACAAGGUAUCCAGGACCCUAUCAAAGGGGGAGAUAUCAGGGAUAAAUGGGACCAGUACAAAGGUGUUGGUGUGUCUUUAGAUGAUCCUUAUGAGAACUAUAGAAGGAAUAAGAGCUACAACUUCGUUGCCCGUAUGAAAGCAAGAGAGGAAGUCAAUCGGGAGGCCCAGGAAUCCCCAUCAACUGACUGAGGCCAUCAGAAUUCUGUUUCACCUUGGAUCCUGGGGUUGGAGUUUUCUGUCCAGGAUGCCUAACACCCCUAUAAAGAUUUCGUGUUUACCAGUAAUCAGAGUGACAGUACAUUACAAUCGUGCUUAGAGUUGAGUUAAGUGUUAACACAUUGCAUGAACUUCUUUCUCGUCCUCUUUUGGUAGAUUUGACUAACGUAACAGUUAGCAAUAAGGUGACAAUGGUCAUAUGGCUGUUAAUGCAAAGAAAUGAGUCUAAUAAACCAGACAAUUCUUCCUGAGUCUAAAAUGUGUUCUGCAAUGGCCAUCUCUAGUUGAUGUUUAAGUCAUUCAAAUCAGCAAAGGCUGUAUGAGAACAAAUGAAUCAAUAAAUGCUUAUUUUGA